AUGCCUGCGUUAUCUGUGCCACGUCCUUACGAUGGCUACCCUAGCAAUGUACUUUCUAUCUUUCGCCGGUUUCAUGACCUCACUGGAGAAUGGCCAUGGCAACUCGUCGAGUACUUUGCGCCUCGUUAUUGGAGCUACCAGCUGGCCUACCGUUUCUACAGUCUCAUCAAAAACGAGCUUCCGCGCACAAGCUCUGUAACUCUGGACGACCUUGUCAAGUAUCUAUUCGACAAGUCUGCUCAGCACCCCAUGUCGAAGUAUCGAUGCGUCCUCAGCAACAAGGUCAUCGGUCAAGCCAUUGAGUGGAUGAGCGAGAAGCGACAGGAGUUCAUCCGUGGGUUUCGACACGAAACUAGACGAAGAAGUGCCACAUUUGGCCGUGACCCAGAACCAGUGGAGAGUCAUGCUAGUGGCUCACGCAAACGAUCCGCCGGGAGUGCUGUGAGCAACGAAGAAGCUCAAACCCCUGCAGCAUUCGCGAAGAAGCGCCUUAUGGUAACCUUCAAAUUUCCGCCAAAGCCCGUCGGAGACUGCAUUACCGUCAAAGGCGACGAGUCGAACCAGACUGUUGCCCACGGAUCCAUUGAUCGAGCUGACGGUGGACGCUCCAACAUGCACUCACAAACCGGGUUGAUUACCCCUGUUGGGGAGAGCGGCUUUGCGGAGGAAUCCCCAUUCCUAGACGUCACUUUUAAAACCUUCGAAGAAGCACAGAACGCCUACAGAGCUUACCUAAAGGGUGAAAUAACCACCUCGGGCAACGUCAUCCGACGUUCAGAAGACCAAAUUGAAACCACUAGCCGUCGUCACCGCGAUCUCGUUCAAAAGAUCCUUCGUAGCGGUAUCUCGAAGGAAAACGCCGCCUCUGAAGUUGCCGAAGCUCAGCAAUGGGUGCACCACGCCGAGGAAAUUCAUAAUUCCGUAACGGAAGCGCUCCGCGAAGCCCGUCAUCGAGCGAUUUCAAACCCAUCAGCUGCUGGAUCAGCUCAGGAGAUAGCGGAGCUUGUCCAACGCGAACGAGAGUCUGGCCAACAUCAAGAAGCCCAACGUGCUAUCGUAGAAGCCAAGCAGGGGGUUCUGGUUGAAAUCAUGACUGUGCUCAAGAACAUAGAAGCUGAGGCCGCGGUCCUACAUGACAGACUGAUCGAAUUGGGCGAGGCUAAAGAAACUGAAGAGAAGAAUGAACGAGACCUGACUAUCCUACGUCGUCUCAUCCGCUUGGGUCCCAAGCUUGUCGAUCUCCUUGAUGAACUUUUGGGUGACCAAGAUAUUGAUGAAUGGUCAAAGGAAAUGGUUCAUGACAUAGGACAGUUUGAGGACUAA